UGAAUAUUCAUGAGCAGCGCGGGGUUUACAAAGCAAAGACCGGGCGGCUGAAAUGGUCAUUCUUCCAUUAAUUUAUUUUUUUCUUGUUGGCACAUUCCCAAAACCAGCUAAAACCUAGCAGCUAUAUACCACCUCCAAUCCGACGCUGAGCUACAUCAGGAGCUAUCACAAUCAGCAACAUUAGCUAUCUUGCUAACCGACGUUAGCUAGAAUGAAUCGAAACUAGAGGCAUAAGCCCCGCUGACGAAGGGAAGGUCCGUCUUCUUUUCCUUCUGCACAGAUGACGCCGUUCCAAAACUGGUCACGUUUGUGUUCGGAGAAUAAUGGCAACCCAGGAACCAUCACCACCAUCAUCACUGGAAGGCAACAAACCAGGAUUUCCGAAGAAAAUUUUGGCCAACAAGCUUGAAGAUAAACACCUGUGUAACUGUUGUCAGAAAAUUUUAAGGAGACCAUUUCAAGCUCAGUGCGGUCACCGUUUUUGUUCAUAUUGUUUUAACAAAACUGUUAGUUCUGGACCACAAAAAUGCAGUGCUUGUAUUAAGGAAGACAUAUUUGAAGAUCCAACAUCUAUCCUAAAACAAGGCUGUGCAUUCCCUGACAAUGCAGCCAGGAGAGAAGUGGAGGCUCUGGCUGCAGUUUGUCCCAAUGAAGGAUGCACGUGGAAAGGGAACAUUAAAGAAUAUGAGCUGAACCACGAAGGCAAGUGUGAUUUCAUGAUCAUCCCCUGCCCGUCAUGCAAAGAACUCAUACGAUUUAAUGAGCAGGAACGGCACAAUGAACGCGAGUGUCCAGAAAGAACACUGAAUUGCAAGUACUGCAAAGAACCAUUUCAUUUUAAGAACAUAAAGGCUCAUGAUGAGAUAUGUCCAAAGUACCCCAUGAUAUGUGAAGGUUGUGCAAAGAAAAAAAUUCCCAGAGAGAAGUAUGUAGACCAUAUUAAGUUCUGUAGUAAAUUUAGAGCUCCGUGCAGAUUUCAUGUCGUUGGGUGUGAUAUGUCGGUGGAGAAGGAGAAGAUUCACGACCACGAGCGCGCCUGCUCUUAUGAGCACCUGAACCUGCUGCUGCACUAUAUCAUGGGCCUGAAGGUGAACUUGGAGGCCCUGCAGCCCCAGAGCUUGGAGCUGGCCAGCCACAAGGUGCACGAGCUGCACCAGUCUCUGCGGGACCUGGAGGUGAAGCUGGGGCAGCUGAGCACGCAGACGCCUCCCGCGCAGGGAGCCUGCGGCCCGGCCCCGUGCCCGGCCCCGCUGCCCACCUCCUUCACCCCGGUGCUGCCCAGCGCCGUGGGCGCCGCGCUGGAGCUGCAGCUCCACGGCGAGAAGACCAAGGUGGCCGAGCUGAGCCGGCGCUGCCAGGACCUGGAGCUGAAGGUGGGCACCUUCGAGAACAUCGUGAGCGUGCUGAACCGCGAGGUGGAGCGCUCGUCAACCACGCUCGACGCCAGCAACCGCCAGCACCGCCUGGACCAGGACAAGAUCGAGAGCCUCAGCAACAAGGUGCGGCAGCUGGAGAGGACGGUGGGCUUGAAGGACCUGACCAUCGCGGAGAUGGAGGUGAGGAUGAGGGAGAUGUCGGCCGCCACCUACGACGGCGUCUUCAUAUGGAGGAUCUCAGACUUCACCAAGAAGAGGCAGGACGCCAUCGCUGGACGAGCCCCGGCCAUGUUCUCACCAGCUUUUUACACCAGUAAAUACGGCUACAAGAUGUGCCUGCGGAUUUACCUGAAUGGAGACGGGACGGGGCGUGGCAGUCACCUGUCCCUGUUCUUCGUGGUGAUGCGGGGACUGAGCGACGCUCUGCUCAAGUGGCCCUUUAACCAGAAGGUAACGCUGAUGCUGCUGGACCAGAACAACCGCGAGCACGUCAUCGACGCCUUCCGGCCCGACGUCACCUCCUCCUCCUUCCAGAGGCCCGUCAGCGAGAUGAACAUCGCCAGCGGCUGCCCGCUCUUCUGCCCGCUGUCCAAGCUGGACUCCAAGAACUCCUACAUCCGCGACGACACCAUCUUCAUCAAGGCCAUCGUGGACCUGACGGGCCUGUAGCCGUGAGACCGCCCAACCCCGCCGACCCCGCCCCUCCCCUUGUCCGUGCGUGACGGACCGCCGUCCCCCGCGGCGCUUGCUCUCCGCCGCCUCGCCCGAGAAGCCGAAAGCGCGUGGUGGACGCCCGCCCACCACGGCGCUACAUCCGUGUGCUGCGCCGCGCAAGCCGCCCUUAAUUGCUUGCUGCGUGUGAUGAUGCUUCUGUGGCCGCUGUAGCUUCGCUUUGGUUCUCCAGCAGAUGGCAGCGUGGUGCCAUCGAAUAAAACGCAAGGAGGGUGUGCCCCUAGAAUUAUUCCUCAGAAGAAGUAGGUAGACUUUGUAUGUAGUACAGGGCUGCUUACCGAUAUACAUUUUUAAUUUGCCUCAGAACUGGUCAGUAGUUUGUGCACCUCUAGUGCUUCGUAGAAUGUUUUUCAGAGAAAUAUAACUGAAGGCCUGUCCUUUUGAAUAAAACCUUUGUGGGAAGGCUUGAAGUCAGACGUUCUAGGGGCUUGUAAAAUACUGUUCACGGUGGAAAAUGUUGUCAGUGGAGUUGGCUGUGCUUGUAGUUGUGUCGUAGUGCAGUUAGCCUAAUCUAUAUACGGCUGUUGCAGCAGUCUUCACAGUAAAUAGGAGUAAGACUUUGUCCGCUCAGUGUGUUGUUCACGCUUUGGGCCCUAACACACAUGGGAUAACCUACCGCUUGAUAAUUUGUGUGCGCUAACUUAAUUUUGAGUGAAUUUGCAUAGACAGACGUGGAGUUACAAUAAUAAGACGACGCGCGUUUAUUUGACCUUUUUCGCGAUUAAUCCCCGCUAUUUUGCGAUGCCCGGGGUUUUCUCGGACGGUGUGCAACUCAAAGUCUUCUCGCCUUCCCCAUUUCGGGCUGUGCGUGCCUCUGAUCUCAAAUCCUGUGUUUGGUUUUUUAUUUGGUAAUUAUUUGUAGUGGUGGACAUUGCUUUGAAUUCCACGAAUCAAAGUACAGUAUUUGGAUUUAUCGCGGCCUUGUUGUGGUGUGUGAAGUGUCUGGUAGUUCGUUUUUUAAGGUCUCCCCUUUUUGCGAUGUUAGUCUGCAUGUUGGAUCUGUGGAAGAUACACUCAAGUUAGAGACAGAUCAUUGUUGUUUUUUCUGUGAAAACACAGAAUUGCGGAGAGAAAAAGCCAAAAUGCUGCUUCCUGUCAAAGAUUAAACCCCUUGCUAUUGAUGGCGUAACUAAUACUCGAAUUAGCCUUCGGCAAAUACAUGUACAGCACUGCUUCUUUCAGGAGGAGAAGGCCUGUUGAUAAAGGCCUUGGAAAGUUCUGGAUUUUUGAGAUUAGGGCAAAAAAAAAAAAGGUUUUGUAAAACCAAGUUAUACCCGCAAUUAUAACGCAUAAUUCAUGCUUAUCUGGUUUUCUGAAUGUACAGAGUAGGUUCUAGAUCUCGGUGUGUGUUCUCUUGUUUGUCAGUGAAUACUUCCAAAGGAAAGGCCUGCGUCUGUUAGGCCUACACCGAAGAUCGCAUUAAAUCCCGCCUGUCUUUAAAUCAGCCGUGAUACAUAUCGAAACUCUCUGUGCAUGGGAAGUUUCUCUUGUGAAAAUAGCAGAUUAUUAGCAAAGCUAAUCAUAUUUAAUUUCCUUUUCCUUUGAGAACUGGGAAGCUUAUAAGCAGACUGACUGUAUGGCGCUUUUUAAGGUGAUUGUGCUGUAUUGCUUAUUUUGAUUAAACGUAAGCAGAUGCGUAUGUGUAAUAUAACGAUAAGGCCUAUACACUUUUAACAACUGCCGUAUUCUGUCAGUAUAUAAUGCUGUAUUUGAUAAUUAUUAAUGCUAUGUCUAUUCAGUUAUGAUAGAUUCUAUUAAUUAAUGAUAUUGGUACUAUUAUGCGCUGGUUUAAAAACAGGUUUGGGUUUAUCUGGCAGCAGCAACAUUUCCACACAGAAGGCCCUCUUGAGAGAACAGGAAGUGACCUCAUUACUUUCCUCCGUUUUUUUUUUCCCAAAAUCGUUCAUCCUAUUGCUCCUGCAUUUAAAGGGAUUGGAAAAUCCGCGAGGAUCUAAAACAGUUCACUUCAAUGAGGUAUACAUUUUUUUCUAAAGUAUUUUUGCUUGUUGGUCCUUUUGGCCCAAACGAUGGCUAAAAUAAUUUUGUAAAUAUUGUUUCAGAUCAAAGGGGUCUUUAAUCUUGCCUCUGUGAUGCUUUGUCAUUAUUUGGUGUAAAUUAUUUAAGCAAGCAUUCACUGUAGUUAGUGAAAAUAGUUUGUUGUGUUGUUUGAUAUCAAGAAAUGUAUUGCUUAAAUUCUACCCAAAUACAAAACUGCAGGGAGAGGGCGAUUAAGGGUUAGGUUAAAGACCCCUCCAAAUCAUUCCAUGACGUUAACAACAGAAAACAUGCUACUAAGUGAGUUUGCAUGUAAUGGUCUGUCUGUGAUCAGUAUAAUUCAUGUAUAAUCAAAAAAAGUGCUUGCAUGUAAUGUGUGAUUCUGUGACUGUGCUAUUACUGUUCUGAGGUGUCUUAUGUAGCAGUAAAAUUAAUCGUACUUGACUGAAAAGUAUUUCGGCAUGUUAUACUCUUAAUUUUAGGGAGCAAAAGUUUUACAGACUAAUUUUGUGUUCAACUUCUUUGUAUAACCUAUUAUCAUUUUCUGCCUGUAUUUAGUACAUCAUAAAGUUCAGUCUCCCAGUAUUGCCAAUAUAGUUUGCAGAUAUUCCUCACUUUCAUAAACAAUUAUAUUCACACCUUUUUAUAAAUUGUAGGAUUGGCUUAUUUACUUAUAACCAAUUUAUAUUUUGGUGUUCUGUAUAACUCAAACCCCAUAUAAAUCUCAUAAUGGCAUGAAUGUUCCUGUAUUGCAUGCCCUUUAUUAGACAAUUACACGUACGAACACCUAUUAGUAUUCGUACAUGCCAUCUGUUUCUUAUUCAGAAUAGCUUUUUAUUUUAUUCGUAUUCAUGCUUUAUCUGUCUGGGAGAGUCCCGUUGUUUCAGAAAUGUCUUUCGACAGUCCGCUGACAGAGAGAUGGUAGAAAGUUCUGGUAUGUGGUGUGGUGUGGGGCAGGGGGCGUGGGGGCCGAAUGAGAAAGGCUUUAGAUUCUGUCAAAGCUUUCAGUGAGUAAUUGAAGAGAAGUAAGUUGUAAACAAAUGAAAACCGGCAGUCCAGUAGCCAGUCCUGUUGAAUUUGCAAGUGGCACCCUCUUAGGCACCAUAUGGCAUCACCCACAGGGGGAAGGCCUCAGACCCCUCCUUCACAAACAUUUGCUGUGAUAGGACAGGCUCACACUUAUUGGAGACAUUUGGAGACCAAUGGAGGGUUUAAGCAUUACAGGUAGAGCCAAUUCAAUAAUUCAAUUUCAGUGCACAAUGAGACACCAGAUUUUCAGGUGCUGAUUGGUGGGUCUGAGUGAUUGAAUCUCAGACUUUGCAGAGCCUUCCAGCAGUUGGAAGGACGUCAAUGUGAAGCCACACCAGUUUUAAAAGCUUGUAAUGGCAGACAGGAACGUCUGCAUUACACCUAUAACAUAUAACUGCUGUAUUUGAAUUUUUUUGUUAUUUACAUUAUUGUCUUUUGUUUAAAUCCUCCCAAUGACAUUCAGAAAUUUCGAUGUUAUGUUUGACACAUUUUGAAGCAUCAAUUUCAGUUCUUAAAAGCAUGUCUAAAAGUCAAGUAUAUUACAUUGCACAGCACUCUCACAGGUGUUGGAUGACAAUUUCACCAAAUCUCACCUGUCACCAGUUUAUGUAUAUAAUAAGAUACUUUCUCAAUAGAAAAAACAAGCAUGUUUUAGAAUGAAGCUAAAUUUGGCGAAGUUCAGACUCGCCACUAAAUUUGUCCACCGUGUUCUUCAGUUGUGUCCUGUUGUGUUUUAUGUUCUUUAUGCAAGUGAAUUAAUUCCUACCCCAUUUGUUUCUCCUCCUGCCACUUGACUCUAGUGGGCUUUCAAUGAUUAGCAGUGAUGCUGUUGAAGUUGCUAAUUUGCUGUGUUGUGUUUUCAGUCCUUUUGACUGCUCAUCUUGAUUGAAUGUAUAAUUCCUAAACCCCUAACAAUAUAUGUAUAUGUAAACUUUGAAUGUAUUUUACAGCAUCUAUCUAAUGCAAUUAGAGUUUGUUUGAUGCAUGAAUAUAAGAAAUUGCUGUUCAAAAAUAUGUAACUGUAUUUCAAUAAACGCUGAUUUAACACAUUA